AUGGAAGCCAUCUUGCGCAAGCAGCUCAAGCAAUGGCAGCGCAGUUUCCGAGAACAGCAUGGACGCGAUCCCACCAAAUCUGAUAUGCGACGCGACCCUGACAUGGCCUCGACGUACGACACGUGGUUGGCCCUUUCAGGCGUGUCAGCGUCAUCCAGUCGUUCAAAAAGAUCAGGCGCUGAGCCACAGGAAGCUCCCAGAACGCCCAGAAAGAAGAAACCACAGUCCUUAUCUGCACCAUCGCACAGUCCCGGCAACCCCUUUCGCUCGCCUCAAAAGCCGGCCAAGUCGUAUACCCAAGCUCCCACAUUUCCUCUACGCAGCUUGGAGGCUACGAAUACCUUAUCGGCGCUGCGGGCCGUAGAGAACGAGGCGGAUGAGUCAGACGUAAGUGACGUGGAUGAAGCCCCACCGAAUCCUCAACCUCACGCUAGUCAGCCUUCGCCCACGCCUACGAAGGUGGUAACGGAUUUCACGUUGUACACACCGCGCACGAAAGCGCGCAAAAGGCUCCGUGGAGAAGAUGUGAAAACGCCGCCGCACUCUAAAAUGGCUCGCUCCUCAUCCAACCCACGUCAAGCUUUAUUGCUGGCACAGAGCCCAAGGGCAUCCCAACCUGAUGAUUCUCGUCGUUCCUUUUCUCGUAUUUUCUCCGGCUCGCAGCAGGCGCUGGAAGCUGACGUGUUGGGUCCUUCACCGCAGAAGUCGAACCGGCAGCGAGGCUUUAAGCCAUUGUUUCACAGUGAUGAACCAUCUUUGAUGACAGAAGAGCCUUUCCCAUCGUCGCCUACUCAAGCUAGUGUGGGGGCCGAUCCUACGGCUGAGGUUCCGGCUUUGCACAAGGUACAACCAGAUCCUACCUCGAUUCAGGUGGACGAUGAAGAUCAGGUCCAGAUCUCUGUGCUUCCUUAUAUGCGAUAUGGCUCAGCCCGCGACGCGUCUAGGUUUCAUCACGACGAUGACAACGACGACGACGUGCUGGUUCUACCUACGACUGACGUGGCAGACACCGCCCCUGUGCUAGAGAAGGACGUCUUGGAAGGUCGUGAUCAUCUCACGCAAAUCGAAACACUCUCUUUACAAUCCCCUAUCCGACAUGGCUCACGCGCUAGCUAUGUCCACCGUACCAAAUCAGACCAAGUCGCUCAAGCCUUGCUAACCCGUGACGAGGCAAGCACGACAGGGCAAUCGGAGAGUGUCGUACACAGGCAAGGUCGAUCUGGUCUUGAUGUGGACGAAGUAGACACUGAGGAAUGGGAGGAUGAAGUCGAACAUGACGACGACUGGGCUAGCGAAGUGAGCAGCGCGGACUAUGGCCUAGGCGAUGGCGACAUGGACGACGACGAUGUACUAUAG